CCCUAAGAGUAGACCGGAUAAGAAGCAAGCUCUUUCGCUUCUUAUCUUGCUUUUCCGCUCGAUGCUUUUCCGCUGAAGAUGCAUCUAGUUGUGAAGACCGACUUAAAAUCCAGUCCUUCAGUAGUUUUGGUCAUAAUCAGGCUCGGCAUGGGAGACGCUGCCGCUGCGUAUGAAGGAGAAAUAUAUGGAGGUUGCUCCUGCACACUCGCCCAGGCAGACGUCGAGAAAAACACGAAUAAAUUUUUCAUGCUUCGACUUGUCAAGCACAAGAAAAAAUAUCGAGUGCUUUCUCGAUCGGGACGAGUGGGGGCAACCGGAUCUCAGUGGAAAGAAGAGGCUAAUUUCUCGUCAGGGAAACGAGCCGUUGCGCGUUUCAGCUCCAUUUUCAAUGAGAAGACAGGCAACGAUUGGUAUGAUCCCGAAAAAUGGGUUCCCAAGGCUAAUAAAUUCACAUUCCUUGAAACCGUACCAGAAGAGGGCCCCUUCGGCUUACUCCUGUUGAACCCCGACAGCAUCGGUGGCCUGAAUUUUGACCCACGCGAGAUGCCCCUAGGGAGGCUCAGCAAGAAUCAAAUACUAUUAGGCCUGAAAGCGCUCUUCGCGGUCGAGAUGGCCUACCAGACUAAGGUGCUCUACUGUGACGUAACUGAAGGUAACGAGUGUAACAGCAAUAGCUGGACGCGGUGGUGACGAUCACCGGACUGACACCAUACUUGACACCACCGGAAUUGGCUCCUGGCCUGCUACAGUGGCGACACAAGCAUAUACUUUGUCAUAGAAUGCUGCUCCAAAAUUAGUAAUUUCUACGAUCCAAUAGAAGUUUCUUCUUCUUAAUCCGAUUUUUCUGUAUAAAUUAUUUUUUAAGAUCGUAUACCGUGACUUAACUUUGCCGAAGUUAGACAACUAUCGCUUUUCGGCCCAUUUAUGCUAUAUCGGAGGUUAAAUGCACAGUAUAUUGUCACACUUCAGUGCAGGAAGGCAUCAAGAUGAAUUAACUCAAUGAAACAACCCAGUUGAAAUUUAGCGCAGGAUUUUUCGGUUUUGAAACUUUGCAGCCGAUUCGAACCGUAUGCCCGCCGGUUAACAGCCAAUCAAAACCUACAAUGCAGUAUAUUUGCAGAAAGCAUUGCAUGGUUAAAUAUGUAUGCUUCAAAACGAGAAGCGUAUUGACCAAACCUCUUCUGUGUCGAUUAACCUUCCUUGCAUUGGCGGUGGGCACGACUUGCAUUUACAACAACUAACUCAGUGUAAAAAAUUCUAUCAGUCUCGAGCAAUUGUACGGAAGCUCGCCAGCCCUCAUUCCAUCAUAGUGAAUAACGUUAUCAAACUCUGUUCAAUGCUAUAUAAAAUAUUUAAUUGUAAAAUUUUUACAGGAUAUAUAAUUUUAAAAUUGCAUUAUAAGUAAUGAUCAUGUUCACAAUUUGAAUUGUGACAACUAGCACGUAGCUAAUUGCUCCUGAACUAUAAUUUGGCUGCCCGAUAAGUUGACUUGUCGAGCAAAAACAAUUAUAAAGUCUGGAAGCGCAAUUUUUCAGGUCUCGUUGAUUUGCUAUUAUUAACACGUUGGUAAGGUUCAUAGAAAUUGUACUUUUUAGUUUAUGUAUCCUCCAACUUACUGCUGAAUGGAAACUCUUCAGUUAUUUUUGUUUAGAUUUGAAAAUGCUUCGUUCUAACUCAUUUAAUUCCCGUAACCAACAUUUUAUACAUAGGGCACUUGUUCAAAUACGAAAACAAAUCUACACGUGACGUUAUCAUGGUAAUACUAAAAUUAGUUGAUAACCUCGUUGCAAUAAGACUCUUGAAAUUUAUCGUUUAGCGUUUUGAUUCACCUGUGACGUGACCUCGUUUAGAUGCGCUCUGUAUUUCGUCAUUGUAUGGGAAUCCCACCACAGAGGUGCGUGUAGGUAUUAUGUCUAGUUAUUCAUGUGAUAAUCAUGUAUACAUAUAUCCACUGGUUUAUAGAGGUGACUAUGAAUAUCGUUACAUGUAUUAAUCUGUUACUUAUUUUUGCCAAGUAUGCAUUAUAUUUUGAUUUGUUAGUAUCCAUAAUUUGUUUAUUCAUGCAUUUUCAGAAAGGCUCCGAAACUUGAGGCCGCAAUUAGUAGAAGUGCUAAGGAAAUACACGGUUUAUUCAUUUGUAUUCUCGUAU